AUGUGGAGUUCAGCUGUUUGGCUGUGGCUGCUGGGCUACUUUGCGCUGCCAGCUCACGCGACGUUCUGCUGGGUCGACGUUACGGAGGAUUUCCAUAAGAAUGCGCCGCUAUUGUUGAAGUACACGACGAACGAGGUCAUCUAUCCGGACACGGCCAAGAGCGACAGCGUCAGAUUCUCCUUCGGCGAGAGGCUCCGCGUCGCCUGUCCCCGUGGCAACGUCACCGUCUUCGGCUCCAGCAUCAAAUCGUCCGAGGUCCCUCUCAAGUGCUACGCCAUCAGCUUCUUCGACGUGGUCGGCACGAACUACGUAGCUCCGUUCGGCCGAAUCAGCUGCUCGGAGCCGGCCCAAGCGGUGGCCAGAGCCGACCCGAACGAGAUCUGCCCCGAGGGCCGAAUCGGCCGCAUCGGCUUCAGCAUGAGGAACGAGGCGUUCCUGCCGACGAUCGAGCGCAUCUGCUUCAACCAGCUGGAGAAUCGGCCGUCCUGGGCCAAGUCGACCGUGACGACGGCCCUGCGCAGCCGUAGAGCCUCCGUCAGAAAGCCCGUCUACCAAAAGGGCGAGUUUUACGAGAACGUCGAGAUCGGCCCCGAGACUUUUAGCAUCGAGCAGCAGAGGGCGCGCUUCAAGGCCCUGCUGAAGAAGGACGAGCUGGUCGACAAGUACUUGGCCGUCGGGCCGAAGAAGCCCGCGCUCAGGAGGAAGUCGAAAAAGUACGCGAGGCAGGCGGCCGAGAUUACGACGACUUCCACGACGACGACUUCUACGACUACGACGACCUUGCCAAGCACUCCUACGACGACGACGACGAUGUCGCCAACUUCAACGACCACGAAACCAGCAACAGCGGCAGCGACGGCUUCGAAUUGGCUCGUCGAAGGCCAACUGGUCCCGGCCAGCGACAUGUACUACAAGAGCCAGCAAAACAGCACGUACUUUUACAUCAACACCUUGCCCGUGUGGAAGAGCAUCGAGGAGGGCAACUGGAAGCUCGUCGAGGAGAUAGUCCGCUCGACGGCCGGACAGCUGGCCGUGAAUCUGGACGCGUGGACCGGUGGCCUCGACAAUCUGCGCUAUCCCGACGCCGAUGGCAAGGAGGUCGAGCUGAGCCUGCUGAGCGACGGCAGCCUCACGGUGCCCCGCUACCUCUACAAGUACGUGCACGACCCGGUGCACAACUACGGCCUCGUCUUCGUCACGAUGAACGACCCGUACCUCGGCAUGAUGACGGCCGACGAUCACCUGUGCACACCGCUGGACGCCUGCCAGGCCAAGUAUCCCCAGUUCAAGGACGCCACCAAGGGCUACACCUACUGCUGCGCCAUCGACUCGAGCAGCGACUUCGCCCUCAUCGUCGCGGACCUCGGAGUGCCCGCUUUCCCCAGCUCGAGGCCUUUCUUUUCAUAG